AAGUUUUGCAGGUGGCAGUUUAAAGUUGCAACUCCUCUGUUGAGGAGCACUGUUUGUUUUUGUGUGGAAGUUGAUUUGCUUGCUGUGCCCACCCCUCAUGUUUUUUUUUUUUACACUGCUUGGGGACGUCCCUAAUGUCAAGAAUAUUUGGAGCUGUGUCGUCCAUGAAUGAAAGAGAAAUGCCAUACAACUUAUCUACAUAGGAUUUUUAACUCACCGUAAAAUCCUUUUGUUUGAAGUUCAUUGACUGACUCAGCACCCACCCCUCAUUUUUCUAAGUUUGUACUGCUAUUUGACUAACUUGUCUGCUGACUGCAGGGUGAGGGGUUAUAGCCGGAGGGACCACCCCCUGGGCGGCACUGUUUAGCUUUGUUGUGUUACAUGUUUUUAACUGUUUAACAUGUCUCCUGAUAGACGGAACAUAACCCUAUUGUCAAGAAUAUUUGGAGCUGUGUCUGUCCAUGAACUUCAGAGAAAAGGAUUUUACGGAAACCGUUCCACAUGGACCACAUAUACAAAAACAUGGUAACAGUGGUAUAAUGAGUGUUCUGCCCAUAUUAUUCAUAGCAAAUAUGUGCAAUGAUAGUUUGACGUCGCUGCCAUCUAGUGGCCAGAGUUAGUUAUCAUUUUGCCAAAAGCUUACAGGAAGUUGUAAAGUUAGAAGCAGCAACCUUUAACCCGGAACUGUAUUUUCUCCAUUUCAUGCCUACUCCUGGAUCUAACAGACUCAUGUAUGAGAAGCUCUUAAAACAUUCCUGGACUAGUGAUGGAAUUGUCUAUAAGUACUCUUACUGAUGGACUGAGGCUGCUGUGUAAUGUUUAAUGUACUGACACAUAUGUUUUGUUUAUGCUUAUGUUGUAGUUUUACAAAGUUAUUCAUAAAAAAGAAUACAUACAGAUCUGAUGUCUCACGUUUAUUGACUUCUGAAUUAUUGUUAAGCUGUCUGACUAGUGUUAUACAACAGUUCAAUAACGCGAAGCAGAACAGUAAAAAGACAACCACUUUGCGGUCUGGAAUAAACUGAGACUUCAUUACUGCAGCAUGAGUUUAAGAUCAGGAACAAAGUACCAGGCUGAUGACACGCUACCACCGACACAGCAAGGCAGGGAGAACAUUCCCAGUGCCCAGCAAGCCGAUGCACAAUCGCAUGUGUCCAGAUCUUCACAGGCUAGCAAGAUGUCCUCAGCAAGUUCCUCAGCAGUUAGAGCUUGUGCCAAGACAGAAGCUGCCCAUGUCCAGUUACAGUACGCAGAAAAAGAAGCCAUGAUGAUGCAGGAGUUAGCAGCAAAGAAAGCGGAAUUAGAAUCAAAAUUGCUCAUCCUGCAGCGACAGACUGCUGCUGCAGCUGCUGAAGCAGAGGUCGCUGCCUACAUGGGAACAAGUCGGCAAGGAAGUGAAAAAUCCUAUAAAGUCUCAGAGGUUCUAGAUAAACCUCUAUUCUCAGCAGAUCGUACAAGUGAGUACAUCCAGAACCUUUCUGAUACGCAUGCAAAGGAUCAGUCUCUUAAACCUUAAGCAAAGGAAUUCAGGCCGAGAUCACCAUACCCCCUGAGCAGGCCCAAUCAACCACAUCAGGUCAGCGGCUGCCAACAAACCAAAAAUGAAGCACCAGAAACCCCUAAGAACAAAAAACAAGUGUUCCCAUCACCUCAACCUAUAGAUUACAUGCGCGAACAACAAUGUGCAGUGGAUGUCACCAAAUAUCUCAUCCGCAAAGAAAUGGUUAGCUCGGGCUUUCUCCAAUUUGAUGACUGUCCUGAAAACUAUUGGGCAUGGAAAUCUUCCUUUCUGAAUGCCACUGAAGGUCUGAACUUAUCACCAGCAGAUAUGCUUAAUUUAAUGAUAAAAUGGCUUGGUACCAAGUCAGCCGAGCAUGCUAAGAGGAUGAGAAGAGCAAACCUGUUCAACCCUGCAGCAGGACUCAACAUGACCUGGAAAAGACUAGAAGAAACGUAUGGAUCCCCAGAGGUAAUAGAAGGAGCACUGUUGAAAAAACUUGAAGUCUUUCCUAAGGUGGGCUACAGAGACAACGUGCGGCUACAAGAACUAAGUGAUCUUCUACUAGAAAUAGAAUAUGCCAAAGAGGAUGGCUACUUGCCGGGACUUUCAUAUCUUGAUACAGCUAGAGGCACUAAUCCCAUAGUAGAGAAACUACCCUCAAAUCUGCAAGACAAGUGGAUGUCUGUGGGAGGUAAAUUCAAAGAAGAUUAUGGAGUCGCUUUUCCCCUUUUUUCUGUGUUUUCUAGGUUUGUCCGACAGCAAGCGAAAAUCCAAAGUGAUCCCAGUUUCGCCUUCACCACCAGCGGCAAUCAAUCACACAGACCGGAGAAACCUCACAGACCUCACGGUAGGACCUCUGUAUGCACACACAAAACAGCUGUACCUUCAGAAGUCACAGACUACCAAAGCACCCACAAGGUACACACCAUAGAAAACCCUGAUAGACUUUGCCCAAUACACAAAAAAACAUAUCCACUAAAGAAAUGCAAAGACUUUAGAAGCAAACCCAUUGCAGAGCGGAUGUCCUUCCUUAAACAAAACGGCAUCUGUUUCAAGUGUUGCAGAUCUACUUAUCACAUUGACAAAGACUGCAAAAUACCAGUAGAAUGUUCAGAAUGUGGCAGUGAGAGACAUAUUGCAGCUUUACACCCAGGCCCUGCUCCUGCCCCACUAGAGACUGUAGAACCCAGGAAAGAUCAGGGCAGGGAGCAACAAGGGACCCCACUCUCCUCAGUAAUGUCUAAUUGCACUGAAGUAUGUGGAUAAGGCAAGAGUGCACGAUCAUGCUCUAAAAUCUGUUUAGUGACUGUGUAUCCCACUGGCAAGAGAGAAAGAGCAGUGAAAAUGUAUGCAGUGCUAGAUGAACAGAACAACAGAUCCCUUGCAAAGUCAGAUUUCUUUGACAUCUUUAACCUUAAAGCAAGUGCAGUUCCAUACACUCUAAGGACAUGUUCAGGGACAAUUGAAACCACAGGGAGAAGAGCUACUGACUUUACCAUUGAAUCCUUCAAUAGGAAAGUACAGUUCCCACUUCCUACCUUAAUAGAGUGUGGCAUGAUACCUGACGACAAAACUGAGAUUCCCUCUCCAGAAGUAGCUCAUCACCACCCUCACCUCCGCUCAAUUGCUCACCUUAUCCCAUCUGUUGAGCCAGGUGUUUCUAUUCUUCUACUUCUUGGGAGAGACAUCCUUCAGGUACACAAGGUGCGCCAGCAAAUCAAUGGACCUUAUAAUGCCCCCUAUGCACAGAGACUGGACCUGGGAUGGGUCAUUGUAGGAGAAGUUUGCCUGGGGACAGUGCACCGGCCUGACAACAUUAGCACUUUGAAGACGUCUGUGUUAACAAAUAGACGCACAUCCUUUCUCAGUCCCUGUCACAACAACUUCGUUGUCAAGGAAAGCUUUGGCAGGUCAACACAACACUGUGACUCUUCCACACUAUAUGGUAAAGAAGAAGUCAAUUCCAACAUUGAAACAGACAAUCUAGGAAAUACAGUAUUCCAGAAAAUGAUGAUGAUAAACAGGCCCUCUAUAGAGGUUUAGACCUUCUUGCAGAUUAUGGAUAGAGAGGCUUACCAAGAUGACAAUCACAGUUGGGUGGCCCCUCUCCCCUUUCGCACACCCAGACGUGUUUUGCCUAGUAACAGGGAGCAAGCCAUGAAGCGUUUGCAUUCACUCAGCAAAACACUGCAGAGAAAGCUAGAAGUGAAAAGAGAUUUCAUUGAAUUCAUUAAAGGGAUGCUAGACAAUGAUCACGCUGAAGUUGCAGGACCACUUGAGACAGACAGGGAACACUGGUAUUAACCAAUGUUUGGUGUUUACCAUCCACACAAACCUAGCCAAAUUAGAAUCGUUUUUGAUUCCAGCGCAGAGUACAAAGGAGUUUCUUUAAAUUACGUAGUGUUGAGUGGCCCUGACCUAAACAAUACUUUGCUAGGUGUCCUCAUGUGCUUUAGAACAGAGUCCGUGGCUUUCACAGCAGAUGUGCAACAAAUGUUUUAUUGCUUUCUCGUCAGAGAAGACCACAGAGACUUUCUACAUUUUCUCUGGUACAAAGACAAUGACAUAGACAAAGAAAUUGUC